GACAAAAAAUAUCGGAGAAGGAUGAUGGGAAGGAAAGUGUCACAGACAGAGGAAUAGAAGGAGCAAAGAGCUCAGUCUCUCACGUCCACCGCCCACCAUGUUGAGUGCAUCAGUGCGGCAGUUUGUCUGUCCCACGCGCGGGCUGUCCGUCUCCGUGGCUAGGCAGAGGAGCGAGGGGCCAGCCGGAGGGCCCCAGGCGCGCGGUUUCGAGGAGAUCCCUCACACCGGGAGCAACGGCUACAUCAACCUGUUCUGGUUCUUGAAGGAGGAUCGGUUCAGCUCGCUGCACAAAUACAUGGAGAAGAGCUUCAACGCCCUAGGCCCCAUUUACAGGCAGCGGCUGGGAUCCCAGGAGUCUGUGAACAUCAUGCUCCCGGCUGACAUCAUGGAGCUGUUCCAGGCUGAGGGGCUCAAUCCCCAGCGAAUGACCGUGCAGCCCUGGGCCGCUCACCGGGAGACUCGCAAGCACUCCAAGGGCAUCUUCCUCAAGAACGGGGCGGAGUGGAGGGCCGACAGGAUCCUGAUGAACAAGGAAGUGAUGUUGAGCUCUGCCGUGAGCCUCUUCCUCCCGCCGCUGGACGAGGUCGCUCGAGACUUCUGCCAAAUCCUGCGGAGACGAGUGGAGGCGGAGGGCCGUCGCAGCCUGACCCUUGACCCCAGCCCCGACCUCUUCCGCUUUGCCCUGGAAGCUAGCUGCCAUGUCCUGUAUGGCGAAAGGAUUGGUCUGUUUUCCCCGUCUCCUUCCCUCGAGUCCCAGCACUUCAUCUCGGCUCUGGAGCGAAUGCUCGCCACCACCACACCCCUGCUCUAUCUGCCUUCCAAGCUCCUCAUCACCCUGCACGCCCCCCUGUGGACACAGCACGCCACUGCCUGGGACGUCAUCUUCAGUCAUGCUGAUGCCCGUAUCCAAAAGGUGUACCAGAAACUGCAAUCUAAGCAUCGACAAGCAGGGUCAAGCGGGCACUCCCCUGACAAUCAGGAGGCUUUCAGUGGGGUCCUGGAGCAGCUGAUAGAGAAGGGGCAGUUGUCUUUAGAGCUCAUAAAAGCCAACAUCACUGAACUGAUGGCAGGGGCGGUGGACACGACAGCAGUUCCCUUGCAGUUUGCCCUGUUUGAAUUGGCCAGGAAUCCCAGCAUUCAGGAGAUGGUGCGCAGGCAAGUGCAGUCCUCCUGGGCUUCAGCAGGGGGUGACCCCCAGAAGGCCCUCCAGGGGGCGCCGUUGCUGAAGAACACAGUGAAAGAGAUUCUCAGGAUGUACCCUGUGGGAAUCACCGUCCAGCGAUACCCAGUCAGAGACAUUAUCAUUCAGAACUACCAUAUCCCUGCCGGGACACUAGUACAGGCAUGCCUGUACCCCAUGGGGCGAAGCGAGGAUGUCUUUCGGGAGGCCGGGAUAUUUAAGCCGACGCGGUGGGAGAAGUCCGAGCAGCGCGGGUUCCUCUCGCUGGCCUUUGGCUUCGGGGCGAGGCAGUGCGUGGGGAGGAGGAUCGCCGAUAAUGAGAUGCAGCUGCUGCUGUUUCACAUCCUGUUGAACUUCCAACUCAGUGUCUCCUCCACUGACAACAUAAAGACCAAAUAUACUCUCAUCCUACAACCAGAGACACCACCCAGAAUCACUUUCACUCUCCUCUGACCGAUUUAGCUCCUUGCUUGAGCUCACAAACGAUCCAUCACUGAUGCGUGUUGCACUACUGACACUACUAUGCUCUGAUCAUCCAACUGCCUUACAAUAUUUUUCACUUUGGUUUUUUUGUUUUUGUUUUUUGUUUUUUUGUUAUCAGAAUACACAAAUAAACACGUGACUGACUAUUAAAAAUUCUUUCAAUUUACCUA